AUGGGCAUAUGCGAUUAGAAAAAUAUUAAGAAAUCCCAACAUUAUUUCAAAUAAUCAACUGGGGUUACUCCCAUUCCAAUAGUAAAUAAAAAAAAAUAGCAUAAAAGACGUAAAACAAUUACAUUUUGGGAUGCGAAAAUUGUAUAAAAUGAAGUUGGAUCAAAUCAAAAAAGUUACUCUCCUCCUCCAAAACUUUGUUUUUGUAGUAGUAAUCCAGGUUCCAAUACAGAAAUCUAAUAUGGAUAAUCGAAUUCAACAAAGGAAAGGUUGAAUUAAGUCAAUUAAAAUAUAUAAAGCAAAUAAACUCUUUUUGGGGAAAAACUAAGAUUUUCUAAUUCAUUAAAAAGAGGAUAAAGGGAAUUAUUUAAGCCCUUGGCAUCAAAUUAGUGA